UGCCGGCCGGUCCCGCCCCGACCUUUCCCCUGGGGAUCUGCGCGGGGCUGCUGCUGCUGCCUCCCUUCCCUGCAAGAGUCCCUGCCGGCCGGGCGGAGCCUGGCGAGGGCCCGCUUCCUGCUACUCUCCACCUUCCACUGGGUCAGAGCCUCGGCUGUGCCCACGCCGCUUGUCCCGUGUUCCUGCCCGGCCUGCAGUGUUGAGAGCUGCCCGCGAGGCGCCUCCGCGGACACACCAGAGCUUCGGCGCCGGGUUCAAGGAGAGCGAGCCUCUUCCUGAGUCUUGUUCCAUUUUUAAUCUCGUCCAACCAGUAUUUUACACAUGGAAGGGGACACGACCUUCUAUUCCCAGCUGGAACUGAGGAACUGUAGCUCCCACCUGGGCCACCCCUGUCAUCCUUGGCCCAGAUAAGUCAGAAUAUGUCUGUCUUUCCAAUAAAGUGUCACACAGACGUGUGUGUGUCUGUGUGAACAUCUGUGGACAAUAAACCCCGGUACACGGUGCCUGGGGGCAGUGCUGCACUGCUGCCUCCACUUCUGCUCCUCCCUGAGGUUGGCAGGUGACCAGGACUUCAGUACCCAGGAGACUUCAGGUGGCAGUGACCCUGAAGAUUUGCAGGAUGCGUCUCCCUGGGCCACCUGGUGGCCAGGUAUUGCCCUGCCUCUGCGCCCUCCCUGCCCUGGGCUGUCCCCGCCCAGGGGACCAGGGAGACGGAAACACUGCUGUCGCCCAUGGCCACGGAAGGAGACUUUGGCUGGGAACCGGAAGCCUGGGGGCUCCCGGGCAGGGGACUGGCCCCCCGGGAGGCCAGAGCAGGCCAGUCGCUGGCCUCUGUGCUGAAUGAGCUCCCCAGUGCUGCUACCCUUCGGUACCGUGGCCCUGGGGUGCUGCCCUGGGGGUCACCGGAGGAGGAGGAGGAAGGAGGAGGAAGGAGCAGCCAGGCCCUCCCAGGUGCCGCCCAAAUGGAGACGCAGGACCCUCGCCCUUCCCGGGAACUGCCCUGGCCCAUGCAGGCGAGGCGGGUGCACAGGAAUAACCAGGCCAGGGCGCAAGGGGCCUACAGCUCCGGAUCCAGGGUUGGCCACUGGGCCCGGCUGCUUGCCAGGGGCAAGGACAAGACGAAGGAAGGCCUCCGCAGCCUGCAGCCCUGGGCGUGGACUGUGAAGAGGAUAGGGGGCCAGUUUGGCGCCGGCACUGAGUCCUACUUUUCCCUGCUGCGCUUCCUGCUGCUUCUGAAUGUGCUGGCAUCGGUGCUGGCUGCCUGCAUGGUGCUGCUGCCCACCUGGCUGGAAGGGGCUCCCCCGGGCCCCCCGGGCCCCAGUGCCUCUUCACCCUGCGGCUCCUACAGCCCCCACAGCCCGGGCCUGGCUACCUUCCCCUCCCAGCUCUUCAACUUGCUCUCGGGACAGGGCUACCUGGAGUGGUCUCCUCUCUUCUAUGGAUUCUACCCAGCCCGCAGGCACCUGGCAGUCACCUACCUGUGCUCAGUCUUUGCCAGUGGCCUCAUCUGCCUCCUGCUCAUCCUGCAGCGCUCCGUGUCAGGACUGAAGCAGACGCUGCUGGCCGAGGUGGGGGCUCUGACCAGCUACAGCCACAGGGUAUUCUCCGCCUGGACCUUUGGCCUCUGCGGGGCCUUGCACGUGCAGCUGCGCCAGCGCAGGAUCCUGUACGAGCUGCAGGUGGAACUGGAGGAAGCCGGGGUCCGGCACAGGGCCGCGGUGCGGACGCUGGGCCAGCAGGCCAGGGUGUGGCUGGUGCGGGCGCUGCUCAACCUGCUGGUGCUGGCACUGCUGUGCGCGGCCUUCUACGGCGUCUACUGGGCCACGGGGGAAGCCGGGCAGCUGCAGGAGGAGGCCCUCGUCCAGCAGAAGCCGCUGCUGCAGCUAGUGGUGAGCUACCUCCCGUCCAUCUUCAUCUCCGCGGUCAACGCCGUGCUGCCGCCGCUGUUCAAGCUAAUAGGCUCGCUGGAGGGCUACACUCGGAGCCACCAGAUCGUCCUUAUCUUAUUCAGGACCGUGUUUCUGCGCCUCGCCUCCCUGCUCGUCCUGCUCUUCUCUCUCUGGUCUCAGAUCACCUGCAGGGGCGACGCCCAGGCCGAGGCGUGCCAAGGCUGUGGCUACAACUACAGAGAGCUGCCGGUGGGUCCGCAGUCCGGCGGUGCUGGGCCGGAGAGCGUGGCGUGCUGGAAACAGCACCCUCGGGUGCGUGGUUCUGAGGUCUUACCGACCCACCCUCUGAUUCCUCAGUGCUGGGAGACUCGGGUGGGCCAGGAGAUGUACAAACUCCUGCUCUUCGAUCUGCUGACCAGCCUGGCCAUUGCGCUCCUGGUCCAGUUUCCCCGCAAGAUACUCUGUGGCCUCUGUCCCGGGGCGCUGGGGCGCUGGGCCGGGGCGCUGGAGUUCGAGGUCGCCGACGAGGUGCUGGGGCUCAUCUACGCGCAGACGGUGGUGUGGGUGGGAAGCUUUUUCUGCCCUUUACUGCCCCUGCUCAACACGGCCAAGUUCCUGCUGCUUUUCUAUCUGAAGAAGCUCACUCUGUUUUCCACCUGCUCCCCGGCUGCCCGCACCUUCCGGGCCUCCAUGGCGAGCUUCUUCUUCCCCCUGGUCCUUCUUCUUGGGCUGGUCCUCUCUGCCGUCCCCGUGCUCUACAGCAUCUUCCUAAUCCAGCCUUCUAAGCUGUGUGGCCCAUUCCGGGGGCAGGAGUCCAUCUGGGCCCAGAUCCCUGAGUCCAUCGAGACACUGCCUCAGACCGCCCAGAACUUCCUCUUCUUCCUGGGCACCCAGGCUUUUGCAGUGCCGCUGCUGUUGAUCUCCAGCAUCCUGAUGGCGUACACUGUGGCUCUGGCCAAUUCCCACGGACGCCUCAUCUCCGAGCUCAAACGCCAGAUAGAGACGGAGGCGCGGAACAAAGUCUUCCUGGCGCGCGCCGUGGCGCUGGGCUCGGAGAGCGGGGUUCGGUGAGCAGCCCGGCUCGGGGUGACGCCCCGCCCUCGGCCUCACAUCUGCACCCGGACCCUGGCAACCUUCGGCUACGUCUCCGAGAAAAUGACGACGCCCUUCCAGCCUGGGAUCCAGAGACUUGCAGGACCUCCGCCCCCAAGUCCCUGUGUGCUGAUACUCAUAUCAAUAAACACAGCCAAAACUGCAGAGCCCCUUUUGGAA